GAGUUCGUGCGCCCUCGUGUGGUGUGGGUUUUGACAUUCUAGAAAAGAUGGCGCUUCCCGUACCCGUUGUAGAAGGUUCGGCUGAGGCUGAUGCCGAUGUGUUGGCGCGAGUCUUGUUGGCCUCUGGUCGUAUGGAUUUGCUCCGCGGCAUGAUGGUACUGCCGUCGUCGAGUAGAACAAGCGUCGGCUGGUAUGGCAAGUUCCUCUUGCAGGUCAUGCGCAGUGCGGUCCCCAUGGAUGUGGCAGCUCGUGCGGAGUUCGAUGAGGCACAGCGAAAGACCGAGAAGGCCACUGGGCUAAUGAUCGAGCGCAUCCUCCUCCGGUUGAAGCUUGUCUACGAGGCUUGUCAGCUUCGAUAUGUCUCAGCUGUAGUCGCUUCUGCGCAUUCGCGUGGUGUGGGUGUCGUUUCUCACGUUCAGUUUGACGGCACGCCAAUGGUGCUGACCACGAAUGGCGCGUACACCCGUGCGGACUGUGGUGGCAUAUCGCAGCGCUUCUUCUUUCCUGGUGAAGAUAGUAGACGGCUAGCGACAAACAUUGCAGAAGACUGCGGACAGGAGAUGCAGCGCUACUGGCUCGGGGGUGAUGUUGUUUGCAUGACCGAAGGCCGCACGGACCUCAUGGUCUUUCAAGAAAUUUUGCGCAGAACGAGACUGAUCCGUGACUUGCAUGGCGCUAAGCGAAGUGAAGGGUUUACCUUCCACCACUAUGCCGGCGAUGGUGCAAGCAAGGGCGCCUUGCGCAAGUAUGUCGGGUUACGACAUGAGCGGGGGGUCUUUGACUCUGGACCGCAGACGCCGUCGGAGGCUCUUCUCGACCUUUAUGGCGUCGAUGUUUGCCUCUCGCAUGGUCUUCAUGGUGCUAUGGAAGACGCGACGUCGACCUUGCCGACUUUGCAAGGGGAGGGUGAGCAGGAUGACGUCAAGCAGAUCGCGUGCGCUUUUCGAAAGUCCCGCGUGGGCAUGGAGGAGAUGGCGUCUGAAUGGGUGGCAGCGAACUACAUACAACACCCUCUGGACAACGUUGAAAAUUACAAAGCAACAAUCGACUUCCUCCUCUGUGGUGCUGAUGAUGAUUUGGCUGCGACUCUCUCCCGUCUGCAGCUUCGUUGGGAAGAUGGCAGUCUUUGUGGGGCAGUGGCUUUUUCUUUAGAUGAUGGAGUUCUGGGCGAGAUUGUUGCUGUUGUAGCAGGGCUAGCAUAUCAAGACUUCCAGUUCGGUCGAAUGGGCAACGCUUUGCAACCAGCGAGGCGAGCAGCGCUGGCGGAUGUCUUAGGGCUACCGAUUCUCGCUGCGCACCUCUACGAGAAUGGUCGUAGGAAGUUCGACAUCAAGCAGGCAUUCGGGACCACCUCCGUCAAAGUCGCAGACGAUGGAUUUGCUGUCGCGGUGUGGUCGCUCGUUUCUGUUUUCCCUCCGUUUGAGGAGGCAGAAGCUGCACUGCUGGAGAAUGGCUCCAUUCUGGCAGCUGUCUCUGUUCGUGCUGCAUUGGCGCAACGUGUGGAGAAGUGGCGGCGUCAAGAUUUCGCUAUGCUGUGGUCUUUCUCGUCUGUUUCUCCAUCGCGUGUUGCUGAGGAAGUUCCGCGACUGCAAUUGGCUAUCGAUGUUUGCCUUACUUCAGCGGAGGUGCUCGCGUUUCGUCGGCUCGACAUGCCGCCUUGGGUGCACUUCACAGCGCAGGACGAGAUAACCGUCGCUAGUGUCCUCGACUCUGUGCAAAGUACCGCUGUAGAAGAGGCCGACGAAGGAUUUACUCGGAAGCUGCAGCGGAUACAGCAAACUGCCCCAGAGCUGCUCCAGAUUCACGCUCAGUCACUUCAGGACGUUCUGUCUAGCAUGCUAGCACUACCCCAGAGCAUCAUCAUCCAAGAACAGUAUCACAAGUUUGCACACAGAUACACUGGGGGGGCGAAGUCCUUCCGGCUCGUAAAUGACAUCCAGUGGCGGGCAAAAUUCUUGGAGCAGAAUCACAUGCUCAGGAAAACAGCCGGGAAGAAGUCGACUGGGGCAAGUGGGCCACUGCCUCUAGCAGUAGUCCGCGCUAAGUCGUCUGCCUGUAGGGUCAACGCGUCCAGUAUGUACACUCGCGAGAAGCUUGCAGGGAAUCGUCUUGGAUUUGAGCGACAGCAGGUUGCGCUGGCUGACGUUGCUAAAAGCGCGAGGCUUGCGCUGAGUCAGGGACAGGGUGCUGCAUACGCUGCACAAGUGAGGAAGAGGCGGCAAGAGAUCGAGGAGCAGGCGGUUUGCAAAUAUCUGAAGAACCUCGACACGCAGCGGCGCUUACAGCGCAAGGAGGCGAAGCUGAGGCAGUUCGUGACGGGAUCGAACACAGAUAAUCUUGACAGGAAUAUUCCCGAGAAGAUGUUCCGAGAAGAGUGGAAAAAACUGCCAGCCAAUCCAGUGAAGGCAUCUCAGAAGAAGCGCGCGCAGCAUUAUAGUUCUUCUUUGGCAAAAUAUCACGAGCAGGCAACGCUGGUCUUUCCUUAUCGGUUUCCUCAUCUUGCGCACGGCGAGUCUCUGGACGGUAGAGUGACGACGCUCCUUCGCCAGUCGGUCGACCGUGGUGGUGUCAUUGGUGGUUUGCUCUUUCUGCGCCGAGCGCGUCCUCUCGUCGUUGGUGAUUUGGAUGUCUGUGUGAUGCUUUUAACUUUCGUCAGCGAAAGACCAUACAUCCUGGGCGCGCAUUUGUUGCACAUCGACGAGCAGACGCCUUCUGUUCUGGAUGGCAGCCCCCGAGCGUCAUUCUCGAGGACCGGCGUCGUGCUCAACUUGCUCUCCCUGGAGGGCCAAGCGUAUUUUCUGGACUCUGCAGAAGUGUGCCAUGGGUCGUGUGGGUCGCUCUACAUCAAGUCUGACGCAACUUGGAGUGACCUCGAGGCGCCGCCGUUCCAGCGUGUCAUGCCUGGGCAACCUCUUCGACGAGGUAAGCAGAAUGCGAAUGCGCAAGCACUGGGGUGCGCAAGAUCAAACUCUAGUCGUGCUCUAAACAACUACAAACGUCGCGAUCUUGGUGACCCCAACACGAUCAAGGACAUGCUGGCAGCCCAAGAACGACAGGAGGAGGAGUUAGGGCGUGUGCGCAGCGAGUUAGCAUCAGAGAGGAAAGUCCUCCAGGAACAGGCUGCAGCGUCUGGUGAGGACUGGACGCGAGACCAGGUCUUUGAGGUGAAGCUUUUGGGUGGGGCGUGGUUGUGGUUAAAAAAGCAAGCUACUCACGACGCGUAUUCGUUUAGGGUCAAGCCUCUGUGUGUGCGGCAGGCUGCAGAGGCCAUCGGACUACCGGCCUCGCGAAAGAUGGACUUCCUCCAGCUUUGGGAGGAUCAAAAGCGCACGCUUUGUUGCUGCGGCGGCUCUAUCGUCUCCUCAUCGAGUAUGGGGCGCAGCCGCUUGGAACAGCUGACGUGCAGCCCGAGCAUAGCCAGGCUAUGCGUACGAUGUUAGGUGGUCCUGAUCUCUUGCAGGCUUUGCUGCAGGACAGAAAAUUUUUAGCAGAUAAAAAGGAGCUCAGCAAGCAUGGCAGGCAGGGCAUGUUUGAUCAAUUAGAAAAGCUCUGCACGGAGGGCGUGUUCUUCCUCCCUAUUGAGAGGAAAGUCGAGGAGGCUCUUCUGCAGGCCUUUGACUAGUUUUUCUUCCAGAUCAGCGCUCUCCUCUUGGUCGUACAGAGUCCGUGGCUUUCUCAAGAUAGUAAUCUCAUCAAACGCGUGCCAGCUAAUUUAUCUCUCAUUCGAAUUCUCUGUUGUGUUGCUAGUAGUAUUUACGAUGGUGCUCGUUGCUCCACUGCGCCAAGGAUGGC